AUGCACGCGCUGUUCGGUGAACAAAGCCCGUACGCGUAUCGCGGAGGAGCCGCCGGCGGCUACUCAGCUGGUGUGACCCCUUACGCGUAUGAACAAUACAGGUACGGCUACGGAGCGCCAUAUCUCCAUCCGCAUCAGCAACAUGUCGGCACACCUAAAGAUAUGGUCAAGCCGCCUUAUUCCUAUAUCGCCCUUAUAGCCAUGGCUAUUCAGAAUGCGCCCGACCGCCGCAUUACCCUAAACGGUAUUUAUCAAUUUAUUAUGGAAAGAUUUCCUUAUUAUAGAGAGAACAAACAAGGCUGGCAAAAUUCUAUUAGACAUAAUCUAAGUCUAAAUGAGUGCUUCGUGAAAGUCGCUCGGGACGAUAAAAAACCGGGAAAAGGCAGUUACUGGACUUUAGAUCCGGACUCUUAUAACAUGUUUGACAACGGCUCCUAUUUGAGGCGGCGACGUCGUUUCAAGAAAAAGGAUGCUUUAAAGGAAAAAGAGGAGGCGCUGAAGCGGCAACAGCAGUUGCAGCAAGCACAAGAGGCGUUUGCCGCGCAAGAAGCGCUUAGCGCUGCGGACACGCUUGGGCAACAACGCGACGUGAAGCCAGAUGUAAAACCACGGAUCUUUGAGUGCCGACCUAAAAGAGAGCCAGGAGCAGAAUGCACGCGUUACGAUAAACCAACAGAUGCCCUGGAUGAAUUUAGUGAGCCUCGACUACCGCCGUCUGCGGUCUAUUGCUCACCACAACCAUAUUCCCUAGCGGCCGAAGAGUUUCGAGCCGCAACGUCAGGCUGGUACGCGGCGCCUGAACCUCCAGCUGAACAACUACCGCCGGCCUUUCGAGACCUGUUUGAGCCACCUAGCUGUCAGUUAGCAGGCUUCCGUGGCGGCUCACCUGCUUCUGACGCAUAUCGUGGGUCACCGCCGCCGCAUCAUCACUAUCGCACGCCAGCGCCUUCCUACUAUCACCACCAAGCGUGUGUAGCGGCUGCACCCGCGCCCGCUCAUAAGUCCUAUUGA